AUGUCAAAAAAAACCGGAGUUGAUGAAGCCGGACGGGGAGCCUUAGCCGGACCAAUCAUAGUCGCUUCGGUUAUUUUGCCAACUGGUUAUCAAAAUCCCUUAAUCCAAGAUUCUAAAAUACUCAGUCCCAGUCAAAGAAAGAGGGCUUAUCGAAUAGUCAAAAAAGAAGCCUUAGAAUAUAGUGUCGUUGGCAAAGGUGUUCGGGAGGUGGAAACAAAAAAUCCCUUGGGAGCCACCAAAGAGGCCAUGGUAGAGGCUAUUUUAAACCUAAAAAAAAAGCCUGUUUUAUGUUUAGUUGAUGGGAAAGAAAAAAUAGUGGUAGAAGGGGUAAAAACGGUUAGUGUUAUUGGUGGCGACCGCCGCUCAAUCAAUAUUGCGGCUGCUUCCAUCAUUGCCAAAGUAACUCGGGAUGCUAUUAUGCAAAAACUACACAAGAAAUUCCCCCUUUACGAUUGA